AAGCAAAGCAGGUUUGGGCAGAAGGAGUGGGACCUCCCACUCCACUGUGUGCCUCUCUUUAGUGUUUGUGUGCCGUAUGCGUGUGUGUGUGUGACUGACUGCUGAUUCUCACAGUGGAGUGUAGAGUUUCACUUCUCUUAUCUGGUCAAAAAGAAAAAAUACACCGACAAAAAGAACACCACAUUAGGUAACUGUUAUUAUUUAAACUGAUGCUUGUUCAGCUGUUUAACAAGGCGUCAGCUCACCAUGGCCUACCGCCUGUUUGAAGGCAAGCAGCAUGCUUCUUCCUACUGGAGGUACAGGAUCUCUCCAUCAGAUCAUCUAAUUCAACAUGUGCUCGACUUCCUGGAAAAACAUAAAGGUCGGCCCUUCGAGCUGGCAGUGGACGUGGGCUGCGGCUCAGGACAGGGCACGCUGCUGCUGGCCAGACACUUCGCCUCUGUGGUGGGCACUGACGUGAGUCCCGCCCAGCUGGAAGUGGCUUUGGAGCACGCUAAAGAACCGAACAUCACGUACAAACAGUGUGGUGCUGAGGAGCUGCCACUCGCUGACAGCUCAGUGGACCUGGUGACGGCCAUGUCUGCCUUCCACUGGUUUGACAGGCCACGCUUUCUUGAAGAGGUCCACAGGGUCCUGAAGCCCCGCGGCUGCUUAGCCUUGCUCAACUACACCAUUGACAUGGAGCUCAGCUACCCCGACUGCUGCUCGCACUCACUAAGCCAAGUCUGCAAAGAGUUUUAUGCAGCCUUGCAGCCACACCGCAGCCCCCACCUUGGAGUGAGCUCUAUUAACUUGUACCGGGAGGCCUUAGAAACUAUUCCCUACCCUCACAAGGAGUGGCAGGAGUGUUUGUGGGACAGAAAGACCAUGCCUCUGUCCAGCUACAUGGGGCUGGUGGAGUCUUUCUCCAGUUAUCAGGCUCUGCUGAGAGACGACCCGCAGGAGGCCUCCAGACUCUCCCAGGACAUCUGUCACAGGCUGAUGUCUGUAAUGAAGGUGACCUCUGCAGAGACAGAGGUGGUGGUGGCUGUCAAGUAUUACUACCUUUUGGCCUGCAAACCACAGGAAGCCUGACACCUGUCGUCUCCAUUAAAAAAAAAAACAAACAAACAAUAAUAAUGAACCUAAUUAAGGAUCCAGAAGAAAACAUGUCCUGUUUCUGUUUUUUCUUCAUCAGCUUCUCUGUGCACAAAUGUUUCUCCUUGAUACUUAAAAUUUAGGGCAAGCUCAGAAACAAAUAGUGCUAUAUAAUGCUUUAAUGACAUCAUUUAUUUCCUGUAUUUUCACUAAAAUAA